CGUAAGAAAGCGGAGGAAGAAAGAACGAAAAGGACAAAAUAAACCUCCGAAAAACCCUCUCAUUUGAGUUAGUUCAGCUUGAAACCCUAAUUGUAUGAAAAUUUGAGAGGCGCUGAUUUCAUCAAUGGCUUCUCGUUACAGAUCAUUUUCACAACCAGCAUUUUCCCUAAUCAAAUCCACCAUUACCAAACCCAAACCAUCCACCUCCUCACCCUUUCUCCUCAGAACUCGCACUUCCGUCACCGUCAGAUCUGUCGCGGAGCUUGGUUGCGUACAGUCGCUUCUUCCGUUGCACUCGGCGGUUUCAUCAGCGCGUCUCACUUCUUGCCUUGGCAUCGAUUCAACUAGUUCGAGAUCUUUGUCUCAGGGUAUGCUUUGCAGUGCCAACCCUGGAGUUUGAUUUCUCCGAUACUUUUUAUCUCCUUUCAUAUCCAGAUGGGUCUUGGCACACCGCGAUAACAAAUUUGGAAGAUUGGGGGAAUUUGAUGGACUAGAGUCAUCGUCAUUUGCUUUGCUAGGAUGCCCUUUUGUUAAUUAUUUUGAUUUUUUUUGGAAGAUCAUUGUAACGGGUAAUAUAAUUGGAAGAAUCUUUCCAUCUUCUAGUUACAGUUUAAUGACUUCUUUAUAAUGGUCGAUAAUUUCAUUGUAAUUGUUUCAAAAUUCAAAUAUCGUCAUCAUUGACUUCAUGAAUAUAAUCAAGUUUUCAAUGAUUUACGUUGUUAUCA